UUUUCCGUUCCUUUUAUCUCUGAUAAACUCCAGCCCUAAAAUCCAUCUUUCAUAAUCCGAAUCAAAAUCAUGUCAGACCAUAUACCCUUCGAACUCCAAUCGGAAAUCAUGAAAAGGUUCCCUGCGAAAUCAUUGAUUCGAUUCAGAUCGGUGUGCAAAGCAUGGAAGUCUCUGAUCGAGAGCUCUGAUUUCAUUACACAUUACAGCGGCCAACAACAUCUGAUAGUAAGGUCUCUUAAUUCUUCUGAGACAAAUUACGUGUCAAUUGUUGAUGACGAUCAUACUUUUCCCCACCAGAAAGUUUCGGUGACUUUUCCCCCAUUGCUCAAGAAUCCCAAGGAUCCUAGCAUAAUUCGCAGCUCUCACGGCUUGCUUUGUUUCUACGAUUCUUAUCCUCCCGGAGGCAGGGCUGUUAUCUGGAAUCCUAGUAUUAGAAAAUCAGUUGUUGUCGAUGUACCUCCUAGUGGGAAUUAUGUGCGUACCGUUGUAGGUUUUGGAGUUUGUCAUCAGACUAUGGAUCCUAAGAUUCUGAAAAUUACACGUACUACAAGCUUAAGCCCCUGGCAAACUGAGGUGUUUACAUUAAGCACAAGGGCUUGGAGAAGUCUAUCUAGCGGUGAUUUCCCUCGUAAAUCAAUUUGUAUGUACUGGAGUCAGGUGGUUGUAGAUGGGUGUCUUUAUUGGCUUGCUCGUGAUAGUAUUACCGUGGAUGGUAAAGUUACGACUUAUGAUUUGAUUAUCUCAUUUGAUCUGACAAGUGAAGAGUUUGGAGAAGUAAACCUUCCGUUUAGAUUAGCCCACCCUCAUUGUAAUUUGUUCAUGUAUAAGCUAAGGGAGUCCCUCGUUGUGAUUAAACUUAGUCCAAAGGUCCAUAAGCAAGCUCACCAUGUAUGGAUGUUGGAGAAAGAUGGUGUUACAAAAUCGUUUAUAAAGCUCUACACUAUUACUAGUCAGUCACCAGACAUAUCAAUACCUUAUGUAAGGGGAUUUAGGAAGACAGGUGAACCUUUAACUGAAGUUGUUUUACAUUCUGGCUCCACUAGAAUACUUGCUGCUUAUGAACCCUACUCUAAAUCCAUCACUAAUCUUGGGAUUAAUGGAAGACAUUUUUUUGUGGAAUCUGACUACAUGGAAACACUACUUCUGCUUUGAUUAGCCUCUUUUCAUGCCUGCUUUUGAACUUUACAAACAAGGGUAAGUAUUCUGAGAGCUAAAAAAGAGGUUGCAAAAUGGCUGAUGGCUGGUUCAUGUGAAAAUGAAAAGUUUGAGCAUGGCCGGAAGGAGUGUGUUUGGAGCUUUUUAGAGAACUUUGCUUAGCCAACGCAAUGAAAUACUUUCCAAGCCUUUAUAUAUUUUCAUUUGAAUGUUGAAUCGUUUGAUUUUAGUUUGUGGAGUUAUGAUUCGUCUUACGAAAUUUGUUGUUCCGUUUUUUUUAUCUCUGGUUUAAGGUAAGUUGUUCCUGGAUUGAAGUGAAGUAUUCUAGAUCUGUUGUAUUCUAGCUUUGUUGUUUGAUUACUGAAUAAGUUGAUUUA